CAUGGGUGCAUUUGGUAUUGAAACGGUAUAAAUAUUCUGUUUAGAACCACGGAUCGUUAGAAUACCAAGAUCUAUCCGAUUUAAAAUUUACUUUAUGGGACAUGAUGGAACAAUGAGGAGCUAGUAGUUUUAAGAGGACAAGCUAAUGAGACUUUCAGGUAGUGAGCGCUUCCCCGCCGCUCUGAGUUCCUGCUUCACUACUCUCACACACAGUAGAGUGAGGCAGCCGAGGGUUACCCGGAUGAAACUGUCAUGGCCGCCGUCUCUGACCUGCCAGUCUAAAGAGAAAAGAAAGGAUCCAUUAUAUAAAAUGGAGGCUACUUCAGAUGAUCCCCCCAAAAAACAUGACCAAAAUGGGGAUGUUGAGAAAGAUGCUUCAGUCAGUGUAUUGCAUCCAUCAAAGGAGCUUGCAAAUCCGACAGAAGACCCUGCAUAUAAUGACCAUAAUGACCUUUGUAUCCAAGAUGAAACACAGUCUGGAGAGUCGGCUACUGAUAACUCUCACAAAGAGAGCAAGGCCACAGAGAAAUCGCCAUGUAAGCUUCAACAGGGUGCUGUUUUCUCUGGAAAAAUACUCAGUUUCUGCUGCUCUGAAUGCAAAGGUGAUACCACUUACAGCCCCAAUGACUUACUGAAACAUUUUCAAGGUGCUCACAAAGGAACACUUCCAACAUAUCCCUGUGAUCUUUGUUCCUUUGUUACCAACGAGUUCUCAUCACUUCAGCGGCAUCGCAUUGGACAUCGAGACACUUUGGUCACUUGUGAGAUUUGCAACGAUGGAGUUCAAUACUCUCUACUGUUGCUCACUAGGCAUUUCAUUAUGUGUCAUAGCUGUAAUGGACUGUUUCGCUGUAAGAAAUGUGAAUUUUCCACCAGAGACGCUGGCACUUUUGUUCAGCACAUUCAUCAUCACAAUGAGGGCAGCCACAAAUGUACAAAGUUUCCCUCCAUAAGUCCCGCACAAGGGAAGACCCUCUCUGGGAAAGUUCAGUCUGGAACAUUCCCUUACACAUGCCAUUUGUGUGGGUAUUGUGCUGCACGGAGUGAGCAUCUAAGUAAGCAUAUGGCUGUGGCUCAUGAAGAUGAAAUGGAUAGAACAAACAGAUGGAGGUCACUGGAGGACAAUUCUAGAGUUAAUUCACCAGGACUGAAACUUCUUCUUAAAAAAAGUCCUCCUGCUGGAGGAUCCAGAGAACCACAGUGGAUGUCAAAGCUGAAUUCUUACUCUGGAGUAGGUCUGCUUGACCAUAGUGGCAGAUUGUUCAAUCCUGAGAAAACACUGGAGGAAACACAACAAUUUCUUGAAAGAGCUGCGUGUUUGAAGAAAGAGAGUAACAAGUGGAGUAAAGGUCCACUAAAGAGUGAGCCACAAUGUUCUUAUCCAGUUACAUCAACUACACCACAGCCAAAGAUGCAAGAAAAUGAACUCGGUGCUGGAUCUGGUAUUUUAAAUCCUGGCAACACCAAUGGGUUGACCGUUCUCAUGGUCAAAAAUAAAAUCUCGAUUCCCCCUAACUGUACCACAAAAGUAAUGGGUUUUAAGAUGGUAGAUGGUAAAAAGCAUUUAGUUUUAAAAGUCAUACCAACAAAACAGGAACCUACUACCAAAAAUGACAUGUCUCCUACAAAUAUUGUUGAAGAUGAUGAAAAGACUGGUAGCUCCCCCUUCUCCUCACUUUCUGAAAGAUCAGGAUCUCUUCUCAGUUUAGAUUCUGGCACAAACAAAGAUGUAUCUGCUUCAUUGAACAUGGACUCUCAAGAUGUAGAAGAUCACACUGGGGACCAGUCACCUUUGUUAGAUGAGCAUAAAGCAAAUGUGGACCCAACUUCAAACCAGGCUGAUGAUGAUGUUGAAAUAUCUGGUACAUCUGACAUCAAAGCUACAGCCUCACGUUGUGCAGAGGCAGAUUUUUCUGAAAACCUGUGCAGUGGUUUAGAUUCAGAAAAAAAGUCAUUACAUCAUGAUCAUGAGCAUUGUUCACGUCCUGUCCAGUCCAGGUCUGAGGAGUCCGUAUCAACACAUUCAGCUUCUGACUCAGCUAAAAACUCGCACACAGACCAAAUCAAAGUAAAAGCAGCUUCAUUACAAGUGCUUGCUAAACACACCACAGAUGUAGAUUUAUGUACUGAUAGUCUGUCUUCAUUAGAAUCAAGUGAGUGCACUCUUCCUGAGAUUUCAAUAUCUGCAAGUGAUUCCACUCUUUCGUCACUGGCAGAUGAGGGCAGUUCUCUUUCUGUCUCAGCUAAGACUCUUGAUAAUUUAGUGGUGAGCAAAAGUUUGGCAUCCACUAAAGAUCCAGAGCAGAGUUCACCUAAACUUCUAUCCCCCACUUUAGCAGUUAAAGGAAAAGAGACCUCUGUUGAUGAUAAAGGUGAAAAUCCAUUGCCUGAAAUUUCAGCAUCAUCAUCCUGCUAUUCUAAUUUAUGUAAUGGUAAGACCUCUAAACCUAGUUCACUCACUUAUUCCUCUCCCAGAAAAAAGCUACUCAUAGAUAGUCCAUCAGGUUCAGAAACAAGCCCACAGAAAAAAACAUGUGCAAACGAUUCCCCUGAUGCCAAAGAUGGUGUCACAUAUGAUGACACUGUUUUGCAAAAUUCCCCAAAUCAGGAAGUUUUUAGUUUUCACAAUUACUCUAAAGAGACUUUUGGCAAUUCCCCUAAUUUUCUGGAUAUUGAUGAACAUGCCCAAGAUGAUUUAGAGGAAGAAGAGUGUGAAGAAGAUUGUGAUGAACUCAAGCUAGCUUCAGAUUGGAGUUUAACACUACCUGAUUCUCCACCCUUUGUGGAUGAACAGUCUGAAGAUUAUGUAGAAAGUGGUGAAGACAGUAGUGCAGGUGUUAAUAAUAUGGCCUUUGCCUGUGAGAAUAAACUAUUGGAACGAGUGUCAGAUAGCGAUAUAGAGGUGGAUGAGUGUGUAGCUACUGUUGAUGAGUUACCCAUUCCAGUGAUGCCAAAGACCGACGACGGACAAUGUUUGCUAGAGUCAGAGAAAAACAAGGAGGAUUUUAUGACUUCUGCUGAGGGUGGCUCUGCAAAUUCAAGCAAUGCUGCUGCUUUGGGCAAGAUUCUUAAAGAGCAUUCGGAUGCUAUCAUCAGCCAGCAGCUUGAGAAAGAAAGGAUGGUAUCUGCAGCUAUGUUCCAGGAUAGUAAACGACCUACAAAAACAACACUUAGAAUCCUGCAAACUCCUGAGGGAAAGAAGCAGAUGUUCCUUCAGACUUCAGAGACUCCAUAUGCUGUGCCUGUCCAGCUCACAAGUGGUCAAGGCUUCAAGCUUAUUACACAGUCUUCUGCUUCCAAAGUGAAUGUGUCAUAUGUUAAGCCAGGAAUUGAAAUGCCCAGUAAACGUUCAGGGUUGUCUCUCACACUAAAUGGUGGUAGAAUUGGGAUGUCAGCUCAAAGUUUAAGUGGAGGAGGCAAAGGUCAUGCAUCACUCUUGCAAUCAGUGAGCAACAAUGGAGGCCGCUAUUUUGUUAGUGCUUCUGCCCUGAAAGGGCCUCUUCUCUUAUCAGGUACUGUUAAGUCGCCCUCAGAACAGACGACGAAUGCACAGGCAAUGUGUUAUUUAGUUCAACGACCACUUCCAGUUUCACCAAGUACUGAGUCAACUGGUUCGACCUCAAAGAAAGCCCUGACCACUCACCCAGUUUUGGCUAUGCCUGUAAAAUCAGCCGAUAAAGCGUCUUUGCAAACUGGACGACAAGCUUACUUGCUUAGGUAUAUUUCACCAGCCAAGUCAGGGUUACUGGGAAAUUCAAGUUCAAAUGAAAAAGGGACAAACCAGGGCAGCCAAACAAAUAAAGGAGGCAAAAGUAGGGUUUUCCUCAAAAUAGUUAGAAGUCCUAAUGGCACCAGGUUUCUCUCUACUACUCCAUAUACAUCUGCUAAAAAGCCACUGUAUGUGUCCACAAAUUCUCUGCAGUCACCUUACUUACUUUUGUCUUCAGACUGGUCAGCAAGACUGAAAACCUCCAGGAAUACUCAUAGCUCCACUCAAAAACUCUCUGCCAAGCUUAAACCACAGUCAGACAUUCACAGUCAGAACCAAGCUGAAGAAGACUUAGUAGUACAGAAAUCAUCAUUUUUGCACAUGGAUAGCCGUCCACGUAGCCAACGGAAGAGAAGGAGAAGGAUCUUGUUCGAGGAAUCUCUUGAGACCUUUCCUAAAACUAGAAGAAUGUCAAGUAAGGCCCUUGCUCAGAAAGAAUUCUCCUUGAUGAGUGAGCCCUUGGCAAAAGACACUGAAAGAACACUUAGACUUUUUCCAUUCAGCCCAUUUCAACAGAUCAAAUGUCCUCGUCAAAACCAACCAGUAGUGGUGCUAAACCACCCCGAUGCUGAUAUUCCUGAGGUGACAAACAUUAUGAAAUCGGUUAACAAAUACAAGGGUAAAGUUAUCAAGGUGGCAUUGUGUGAGAACACAGUCAAAGCCCUAUCCGAUUUGAGCGUCAUUGGUUCAGAUGGUACACUGUUAAACACUCCUGGAAUCAGUGUUGAUUCAAGAGUCCGGCCAUCAGGGAACAAUGUUAGAGAGCGAUUUAUCUUAAGACUGAAGUUAAAAAAGACCAAAAGAAACAAAUAUGAGGUAGUGAGGUCGUCCUCCAGCACAGGUUCGGAGCAUCUGCAAACUUUUAAUUGUUGGUUUUGUGGCCGAGUGUUUAACAAUCAAGAAGAAUGGAUUGGCCAUGGACAGCGGCAUCUCAUGGAGGCUACAAGAGACUGGAAUAAGCUGUUCUGAAGUAACCACAUAGCCCCUGGUUUGGGUGAAAUGCCGUCCUCUAAUGUAGAAACGUUAAAAAAAAAAAAGGUUAAAAAGAAAUGUUAGCUAUACUUAAGCUGUUUAUUUUUACCAUAGAUAUACAUUUAGAAGCUUUUUAAUGGAGUGUAAUAGAGGAAAGUUUGGUAUCUGAUACCAAUUUGUAUGUAAAUAAUUUAACCCUUGUACAUUGAACUCUUAGACCUUUGUGUAUGUACAUAAUUGAACUGUGAAACCUGGACACACUGUAUGUUUAUACAGGCAAGCAAAAAGAUCACUGGUACGAAAAGAAGGUGCUGUCUGUAAUAGACCUAUUUCAAUGCAGUCAGUUAACAGUUUUCUCAGGUAUUUUCAAAAUCCAGUUUAUAAAAAGAUCUUUUAUGUUCACUCAGAAAGCAUCUGAAAAUAUUUCAUUUACAGUGUGUGUUGAAUUGGCCGCAUACAUUAAUCAUUGUUAAAGAUCAUAGAGCUUAUUACUUUAUUAAUUAUUUUAAAUUCCUUUUUACUUAUAAACAUGGCCCUUUUAAAACCGAACCUUACAAAUGUUCACUAUGAACACUGGUCAGUUGAUGUAGCUGUAGAAAUAUUUGUGCAAAAGUGUUCUAGAAGCAAACAUUUAGGUUCCUGUGGAAGCUGUAUUUUCUAAAAAUGGUUAUUUUCAUACACUGUAUAUGUGUACCUUUUGUUCUCAUGUUUGUUUUACCGGUGCUAUCCCAUUUUUCAACACAUCAAAACUGACCCAGUCUCAUUUCUGUAGCAAUAAUUCAUUUCACCAGUUUUGAUUUGUACAUCUUGCAGCCAAUGUACCCAUUUCAAUGCUUCAUUAUGUUUCUUUUGCUGUUCUCCGUUUGAAUGAAGUUGAAAUCCUGCAAAGCACAGUACUACUUUAUCAACCGAUGUUCAGAUGCAAACCACCAACUCCACCAAAUGGACAAACACUAACUAAAUUUUGCAUUGGACUCUCAUUUUCUUAUACUUGUGUGGCUCAGUCUGCAGUUGUUUUGUGUUUCUUGUAUGGUUAAGAGGGUUCAGUGGUUAAGUGGUGAUUACUUCAACACGAAAAACCUUUUCUUUUUGUAGGCUUUUUUUUUGGCAUAUGCAGUACUGUUGAGCCAGUUUAAAUCUCUAAAUUAUAUUUGAACGUUUAAACUUUUUUUUUUUUUUUUUUUAACAUCCAGUCCAUAUUUGUUAAUGACAUGCAAAUUUAAAAUAUUCAGAUUGUCCCUUUUAUGAACAAGUUCUGCUUUACCUCAGAGUUGGCAUCAUUUACUGUGUAAAUUAAAAAGAUGGGAAUUUGUGAAGUGAUACCUUUUUACCCAUAUAAUUUUAUUUAAAAACAUUAUUCUUUUUGAACUCAUACAGUUUGUAAUGACUGAAAUCUGACAAUCAUUGUUACACAGCAGUAUAAAGUUUACCGCUACUUUACAUCCUGAUUGUGAAAUUUUAUUCUGUUUAUGGCUUUUCACCCACAGACCUUUACACUUUCCUCUAUACCACUCACUACAUCAUGCCAUCCACAAGAUGAAAGCAUAUCCCUCUCACAUGCCAAUAUAACCGCAACCAAAUAAGUUUUAAAUCUUGAGGCAAAACAGCUGUUUGAUGUUUAACACUAAUGUCAAACAUGUUGCUUGGGUUUACUGCGAUGUGAAAAACAAAUUUAUUUUUUUAUGCUAAGUGCCUAAAAUGUGACGCAGCAGGUCGACACUAUAUUGUACUGUAUUCACUUCCCUACAGUUCCUCUUUUAAUAAAUGUAAAUACUUUUAAAGAAA